GACCAGGAAACCAGUUAGUUCCUUUUGAGUGGUCAGUGAGAAGAGACGCAUGGCAGACGGACCCAUCAGAAACCAGACCCUGCUGAACCUAAACCCAGCUGUGUGUCCAUGGAGCCACCGCUACUUUAAAAAAGAAGGCGACCUGUAAGGGACAGACCAAUUAAAAUGGAGGAGAGGAGAAGGAAGAGGUUAAUACAGAACGAAGGGGAUGAACAUAUUGAAAUAAAGAGCCGACGACUGAGGACCCAUCACAGACCAGGCCCUGCUGAACCUGAACCUGAACCUGAACCUGAACUUGAACCUGAUCCUGAGCCUGAACCCAGCUGUGUGUCCUUUAAGAGCAACCGGUCAAAGGCAGAUAUUAUGAAUUUUAAACAUGUUUCUGACAAAAAGAUCCAGCAGCAGGGACCAGAGUCUCCUGAACCUGGACCCAGCUGUUUGUCCUUUAAGAGCGACCAGUCAAAGCAUGCUUUAAUUUCUUUUAAACAAAGACAUCCAUCUGACAGAAAAGUGGACCAGAAGAGCUCAGAGGUUCCCAGUGGUCAGUCUGCCCAGCAGCAUCAAACACACUUGGACUCCAUAUUUAUGUGGCUGGAGGAGAACAUCAUCACUUAUGUGAAGAAUGAGCUGAAGAAGAUCCAGAAGGUUCUGAGUCCAGAUUACCCAGAAUGUUCAGAGAGUCAGAGGGAGGGUGAGGAUGAAGAGCAGAGGAGCAGCAGAGAGGCAUUUCUGAAGAUCACACUACACUUUCUGAGGAGAAUGAAGCGGGACGAGCUGGCUGACCGUCUGCAGAGCAUCUGUCAGGCUGUCUGAUAUCAAAGGAAGGCUGUUCUUCUCUGGUCUCAGCUCUGAGCUCCAACCCCUCCCAUCUGAGAGAGCUGGACCUGAGCUAUGCAGGAGACUCAGGAGUGAAGCUACUGUCAGAGGGACUGGAGGAUCCUCUCUGGAGACUGGACACUCUCAGGGUGGAGCCUGCUGGAGUCAUAUUGGUUGACACCAGGUCUG